AGAAAGGAAGCUUUGUCUUUGCAGUUCCAAGAAUGGACACUGGAUGUCACCGGGAGGAUCCCUCUUGCACUGGUACAAAGUGCUUUAAAAUCGUUCUUUGAGUUUGUCUCUGAAAAUACAGCAGGGCCCAAACUAGAGAUCAAAGAGCUGGAGACAGUGGACACACUGGAACAGAAGCUUAACAAAGAAGAAUAUAUAUAGAGUAUGUAUAUCAGCUCAUCAGUCACAUCAACACAGACCUCUUUCAGGAAUUUCUACAUCACAUGGCACAAUGUGCAGACAUGUUCCGUGAGACAAUCCGCCACGAUAUUUGGAGACAGAGGUUUACUGAACUUUUUCUUGCGUGUGAUGCCGCAAAGAUUGGUUUCCUGGAUAGACAGAGGGUUCUGGCCCUUCUGGAAAUAUUCUAUGACAGAAUAAUUACUGAGGUAGAAGAAUGGCAGCCACGAAACCCUCGGCAAUGGCCAGUAAUUGAAAUAGGAGAAAUGGAUCCAACAGACUUCUGGGUUGAUUUCCAGGAAGGUGUUAACCCAACAGAAGAGAAAGGAGAAAAAGGAGAAGCGCCCACUACUGCAACCUCUAUUAUAUCAACAGAGUCUGUCCAUGCAGUUGAAGAACUGAAGAAGAGUGCAGGUGAUACAGGAGAAGGUACAACAGAGAAUGAACAAGCCCCACAAGCUGAAGACAAUGGCAGCAGAGGCUCACAGAAUAUCGAGGAAAAACCUUGGUCAGGAGAUCUGCUGACUUCAGAUCUGGCUAUCCGAUACAGUUCAUACGGUGACAGAAAUCAAGAUGAAUGUCAGAACACAGUCUCCAAAUUCACAGAUUUAUAUAACAUCAUCUCAGACAUUAAUACUCGUGGUCCAUCACGCAUUCCCAGUGCUUUCAAUGGCAAGGCCCUCAACUUGCCCCAGUUUGUCCAGUUAAUGGAGACAUUCGUGGGAGAUGCCCCACUUUCAGCGGUGGAGAACCUCACUUCUUUUAUUCAGAAGGAAUACGUGGAAACAGAAGAGGAGAGAAUUGCACUGCUGGCUAAAGUUCAUCAAGAUGCCCUCAUAGCACGGCAGAAACUUGUCCUGCAGGCUCUCUUUGAGAAAUGGGACAAUGAUGGGUCUGGAUUUCUGGAGCUGAAGGAGGUAGAUGGCGUUCUGAUCAAAUACAAGGAGGGGAUGGAAUCAGAAGCGAUGGCUAAAGGUAAGGUA